UCUAAUGAGAUUUUUUAACACCUAAAAUAACAUUUAUGAAACAACUGGUAAAUGCCACGUGAGUUUAUUUAUUAUUAGUACAAUAAAUCAUCAUGAAUGUACACAUUGUAAACUGCAAUAUAUCAGGUAAAAAUGGUUCGUGCGUGGGUUUUAAACAGUGAAAUUGAAGAUCCUAAAGAAAUGAAUUUAACUUUACCUCCACAGUAUGUGUCGUUGGAUGAUCUGCAGGCAUGUUGCGGAAUUGAGUUCUUUGAAAUCCAUAGUGAAGUCGAUGAAAAUUUGGAUCGGUUGAAGAAAGACAGAGGUGUAGUCACUAGUAUGAACAUUAAAAGUUUAGUAGGUUUCGAAUUAAAAAGUUUAUUUGUCGAACACCUACUGAAUGAUGAUGUGUAUUACUUGACUCUUCAAGGAAGCGGAUAUUUAGACAUCAGAGAUAAUAAUGAUCAAUGGAUAAGAAUUGAAGUUGUUAAAGGUGACAUGAUUGGCAUAAAGAAAAAUUCAUUUCGAAGAUUCACUGUUGAUCAUAAUGAAAAACACGAGGGAAAAAUGUAUAUGAAAGACGAUAAAAUAAGAUGUUUCAUAAGGCCACAAAUAAGUGCUGAACGACAGUAAAAUAAACAAUUCACGGUGUUAAAAUUAGUUUAAUUUCUUAAAACUAAAUAUAAAUACGAGUUGUUAGGAGGGAUUAUAAAUUGGGUAGAUAUUUUACUAAUAAAAAAUGAUAUUACUGUAAAAAACAUAAAAUGUUUAUAUGAAAUCCACUUUUCGUAAUAGCUUAUAAAUUAUAGUUUCUAACAAGGUUAAUAUGUAAUUAAAUUUUAAAACAUUUACACUUACAAAAUUGUUAGAUUGUGUAGAUGUAGAGUUUGUAAAUAAAUAAAAUUGGCAGCAUAAUUAUGGGGGAUGAAAAUAACGUUUAUAUAAUUUAAGAUCUAAUUGUUUUUAUCCUACAGUGGUGGUGCUGAGAUUAAUAGUUUGAGUUUCUAUAUUUACAAUCUUGUAAGAAAUGGUAUUAAAUCAGAUAAAAUAUAAAAUUGUAUUUUUUUUUUUAAUAUUAAAACGGUCUUCAUUUUAAAAAUUGCCUCUUUUUUAAAUAAUCAAUAGUAAUGUAAUUGUUUUUAACCGCAUUCUUGCGCCACCACUGAUGUGGUAUUACACCAAAGGGUUAAUAGUGGCAUAUUAUAUUUUUACUACUAGACAUUGUAAUUUGUAUUUGCAGUCUGUUAGUCAUGGCUUUGUAUAAGAGAACAAUAAAUUUUUAUUUGUACAUGC